AGCCUGUGUGAUCGCUUUCUGUCAGUGUCAGUGUAGAAUUAUCAUUUUCCUUUUAAUAAAUCCUGUUUUUAUAAAUAUUUAUUGUUUACAAAAACGAUAAAAGUAUAAUGACAUGUUAACUGAUGUAACACUUUUCAAUUUCCUUUAUACUAUAUAGUGUUCAAGAUGGUGUCUAUAAUUAAAAAUCAGUUAUUAAAACAUUUAUCCAGGUUUACAAAAAACCUUUCUGCAGACAAGAUAAACCUCAGUACAUUUAAAGGCGAAGGGGAGUUGUCAAAUUUAGAAUUAAAUGAAGUCGUUUUAAUGGAUUUACUCGAACUGCCUUCUUGGUUGUGUUUAAAACAGGCUUGGUGUAAUAAGGUUACUUUCAGAAUAUCUUGGACAAAAUUAAAAAGUGUUCCUAUUUUUCUGAAUUUGGAAGAGGUGCAGAUAGUAGUAGAAACUUGUGAUGAACUUAGGAUUCCUUCUGCACAGCCUGGCAGUUCCAAUUCUGGGGUGCCAGGCAAGUACAGUUUUAUCCAUAAAGUCAUUGAUGGAAUCACUGUGAAUGUGAACACUGUAAAUAUUAUAUUCAACAGUCCGGCUUUUUCUGCAUCUGUACAGAUAUCCAGAAUAGUAGUAGAAUCAAAAAAUCACAAAUUUCAACCGUCAGACCUGAGAAUGACGCGAUUGAAGAACCAGUCCAAAGGACAGUUACUGAUAUUCAAAGAACUGAGGUGGGACACUGUCAGAAUAGAGGCCAAAUCAACUACACUCAAAGAUUUAACUCCCCUGAGGCUAAUUAUUAACGAAGCUAGGUGUAGGAUUGUGAUUAAAAAGAGGUUAUCAGACUCAUUUAUAUUAGGAUCAAGACUGGCAAUUAUUCUAAAUGACUUAAUGUGGUUCUUUACCGAUUCACAACUUAAAGCAGCACUGUACUUUCUCGACUCUCUAACCGAUUUAAUUCAAAAAUCAACUCAAAUCACGCGAAUGACAAAAGCGGCUAGGAAGCUGGAAGAACUUCCGGAAUAUCAAGCACAACUGUCCCAAGAAGAGACUUCUGAGGUCCCGGAAAAAUACAAGCUCUUCGCCGCACAUGAUGUCAUUGAGACGUCUUACCAUUUAAUUUCGCAACAAAUCAUGUUGCAUUUAAGCGAUGACCCCGGAGAUGGUCGCUCUUCCUAUCCGAAUUUAAAAAACGGCGAUGCUUUACACAUAAGCCUCAAAAAAUUCCACGUGGACUAUUACCCUUAUCACUUAGCCAAAGGUAAUAGGAAGCAUUGGUUAAAAUACAACACGAAUUUUGUGCCACACGCUUUGUGGCAGGAGAAAGCUUUAAGUUCUUUCAGAACAAAAUUUUUGAAUCUCAUCGAUCAACACAAACCUUUACAUACUCCGUUGAACAGACCAAAGAAGAACCUAAACGAUACUAGCCCUAGCAUAGAGGUAAAAUCACCACAAAAUGCAGAGUACAAAAAUAAUAAAAGAAAAGUUGAAACGAAAUUCUCCAAACUGAUGACAAGUUGCAUAGUUUUACGUAUCGAAGAUUUCAAUAUCUAUAAAGUCACUUCUUCACAAAAAAGAGGUCUCAAAGAAUUCAUUUUUGGUGACAGAAGUCAGUUAUCAUUACCAGUAGAUUCGAAUAUUGUUCAUGCAGAAUUUACCUACUACUACUACCCCAGUGAUAUACCAUUUCCCCUACCUCCACCAAAAUUUUAUGUUCAAAUAAACCCGGUUUCCAUAAUGUUUGACGUUGAUACGUGUUUGUGGAUCAAUUCUUUUGCUAUGAACUUAUUCCAGUCGUUGGCAAAUUCUAAAAGCGAGGUACCGGUGUCGACUUACAGUUAUAUGGAUGUCAAAAUAGAAGCAAUACUUCCUAGAAUAAAUUUCGAAAGUGUAGUGGACCACCCCAAUCAAAAGGAUCGGCCAAAAUGUCUGAGCUUCCAAGUGACCAGGGCCACCAUAACGAACACGAGAAGCUUGGAACAAUCGUCCAGGGCCGAUUUAGCCAAAUGCGUCGAUUCGUUCCACAUGGGCUCUUUGUUUUUCGGUUCGGAAUUUCCUUCGCAACCGAACGAUUUCUAUGUAGUUACGCAAAAAUUUAUCGAUCACAUAUCAACGGUGGAUAACAUUCGAGAUGUGCCUUCGCAGAUUGAUUCAUCAGUUACGGAUGAGUGGAUGACACAAUUUACCCGAGAAAUGUUGUGGACGGACGCCAAAGACGUUUGGUGCAUUAAUUUGGACCCGGUUUGGGCCGACUUUAAUGGCGCCAGAGCCAUAGGAAUUGCUAAAUCCGUGCCGUUUCUUGACGCUUUACCGGUAACCUUAUGGUUACACACCCACAUGGAUCCUAACUCAACCAUAAAGUCUUCAGGAGACACAACCAGUGACUCCCAAUCGUAUGCUGAUAUUCACGCUCUGGUGUAUAUUACGAAUUUAGUUAGUGUACAAAUCAAUCAUUAUCAAUAUCUGUUUUUGUUGAGAUUAGCCGAGGACGCUGCUCUAUUGGCUACGUAUUUGGCGAUUGAUGCUGAAAGGAUAUUAAAGGUUGAAAGCAACAGUUCAAUCGCCAUGGGUGUGAUAAUACCUCAAUUAGAGGUAACCUUCGUUAUGCCAUCAAAUUCUCCAGGAAAAGAAUCAUCAGGAGGCGACAUUGAAUCAGUAGUCCCUGAUACGUCUAGCAUAGCGGAUGAUAUGUUAGUAGGUUCAACCCCGUCAGUUUGGCAUAAUAGUACCCUAUCAAUAACCCAAAUCGGUGUUCCUCCAAAGAAACAAAUAGCCAACGGUUCCUCUAAUCCUAACCAAAUGGAUUUGCCCACUAGUCUAUCUUCAGAUUAUUUACAAACGAGUCCCGGCAGAAGCGUUACUAAUGAAGAACAUAGCCUGUUGCUGCAGCAGAAAGGAAAUUUGAACUUGCAGACCAACUUAAACAUGGGUUUGACGUCUGUGAGAAAGGGCUUCACGAGCCUUAUGUCGUCAAUCGACAGUGCUUUAAAACCUAGUCCCGAUGAUAUGAGUGAUACUAUGUCCAUAAGGAGCGAUGCUUCAAGUGAUUCAGAAAAAUUCGUCGUUAUUAAUUGUGAUCUGGAUAUAGCCGGUGCUGAAAUUAUUUUAGUAGUAGCAGAGUUUUUCGAAAGGAUAGAAGAAGCGGCUGAAGUUUUAGAAGAGGAAAACACCAUGACGACUACUAGCGAACAUUCUGUUACUAGCACUAGUCGUAGAAAAGAUUUGGUGUCUGUUUCUACUUUUAAGCUAAAUAAAAUAGAAUUCGUUUAUCAAUCAUUAGGUUUUCAAUCUUCGAUGAAGGUUCAGCUUAGUAAUUUAUUAUGUGAUGAUUGUUCGUCUAUAUCUUGGGAUGAACUUCAGAGUAAAUUUGGUACCAGAUCUCGCGUUUGGACUUCUAAUCCGCCGAGCGAUUUCAGUUCACCAAAAGUUAAGUUACGUUUAGACCAUAAUCUCGUAGUUAGCAAAUCUUCGAUGCUUGAUAUGGACCUCACGAACCGGGACACAUUCGCGAGCCUGUUCUUGGAUCUAGUAAAUAUCACCGUCAAGGAUCUAUCGUUGAAUUUGAAUAUGAGCACGGUGACCGGGCUCGCUGAUCUUAUCGAGGACGAAGUUAUUCCUGUACCGUUUCCUGUAAAGAUAACUUUGGAUAACGUAAAAGUACAUUUAAAUGAAGACAGGCCUCCUGUUAAUAUUACAUCGCCAGGCCCGAUCCCAAUCGAUUUACAUAUUAAACAUCUUUACAUAGUUCGUACUGAAGAUGGGAUAUUUAAUUUGUUUCCGAAUUCCAAUGAUAAGUCUUCCAUCGCCAAUGGUCAACAAUCAAACAAAGACUCGUCCCAAGUAGAUAGUAAAACAUUAAAUAAUGAAGACUUACGAAGACUGAUGACGUUCGAGAGGAUAUCGGAGGAAAAUAGGCUGCUCAGAAAGUCCAAAGAGGAAAACGACAAAGAGAAUGACCUACUGAAGGAUGUCCUAAAAAAAUCCCAAGACGAAGUGAUUCGGCUGUUGAGCGAGAAGCAAAAUCUAUUAGAGGAAAUACGUCGACUUCAACACCAAUGCAACGGUUCUAAAAGAUAGCAAUGUUGUUUCGUUUGUACGAAGUGUUUCUGCAAUGAUAAACGUACUCAAUAGUUGUAUAGGCUGUUUAUUGUUUUAUAUUUUAUCAGAUGUCAAAUAUAUAUUAUAUAUAUUUUAAAUUUUAUCUAGAUUAUUAAGCUUAGAGUGAUAUUCAUUGAAAUAAAAUAUUGUUGAACAUGUGGAACGAA